GCUGCCCAAAGCACGGGUCCUCUUCAGCUAAUUCCUCUGGAACCGGAAAAUAGCACCAACUGCAGUUCCUGUGAUGUCCACCAGAGGCUGCAGCAAUGAGCCGAACACCAAAGACUCACAUGUCAAAUGUGACACUGAGGAGUCAGUCAGUCCACAUGAUGCUCACAAUGGCCAGUUUGGCCUAACCUAAUACUCUGACGUUGAGAGUGAGGGGGCGGGGCCAGAUUAGAGGGUUCACAGAUGAAGGUCAUCAGCGCAGGUUUGAAACGCUUCACUUCAGGGUCAGUGAGUUUUAUUUUGAAAGUGCUGACCGGAAGCGGUGCUGUUCAUGACUGAGGAGUGACAGUGUGGGAGCAUCCUGACGUCUUCUGUCGGAGCACAAAGUGGAAACGCACCUCCUCCUACUCCUCUUCCUCCUCAUGAUGCACGAGCACGCGCUUCAUCCUCUCAGAGCCGUUUGAUUUCAUGUCGGUUUGUUUCCGGUUGGGCUCUAACGGAGAUCUCUUUUGUCCGAUGGCCUCCUCCUCCUCCUCCGUCCUCAGCAUCAGCACCACCGCCGGAGGGCCGUCGGGCCAGUCAGGACGGCCGGGAUUGAACCAGCAGCAGCUCUGCCGGAAGCUCUGCUGAGGAGGCCCGACUGACCCGUUCAUCUUUACCGAGUGCAGAACAGCAGGACCUUUCGUCGCAAGUGGCUUCGCCAUGACAGAGCAGAGAUUCAGCGACAUGACCGGAUGAAACCUGAAAGAGCCACGAUGGAGAGCAGGAGGAGGCGGGAUGUCGACAGGAAGGAGAAUUAGGACGGGAACAGCAGCAAAAUCCAAAAGCUGGUGUUUUCUUUUUCUGCCCAAAGGUUAGAGGACUUUCUGGACUUUGAGGACCUUCAGCUUCCCGAGACCCGACGAUGUAAAAGAAGACAGCGGUGAUGAUUGUCCCUCUAUAAGCUGCAGCAGCAGAUUGUGCAACAUACACAUGAUUGUCUCACAGGAAAGGAUCCAAGAGUUCCUCGUCCUUUAGCUGAAAUCUGACAUCACGCGUCACAAACGCACAGCAAAUACGAUUGUGUUACUGAUACAAAGGGCAACUAACCGUCCUGCAGGUGUUACUCUUUAAAACUGGACUGGAGGAAGUGCUCGGACACCGUGUCAGAGGGAGGCAAACCGUUUUGGGCAUCGGGAGUAGAUCCAGAGGGAGACCCCAUGAUGUCUCACCUACACGCCGGCCUGAGCUCGGAGACGACGGAGAAAGCUCGACUGGAGCUGAACGAGAACCCGGACACCCUGCACCAGGACAUCCAGCAGGUUCGGGACAUGAUCGUGACGAGGCCAGACAUCGGUUUCCUGCGGACGGACGACGACUUCAUCCUUCGCUUCCUCCGAGCCAGAAAGUUCGACCAGAUGGAAACCUUCAGGCUGCUGGCCCAGUACUUCCAGUUCAGACAGCAGAACCUCGACAUGUUCCAGAGCUUCAAGGUGGAUGACCCGGGCAUUAAGCGAGCGCUGACGGACGGAUUCCCGGGCGUGCUGGAGACUCCGGAUCAGCACGGCCGGAAAAUCCUCAUCCUGUUUGCUUCCAACUGGGACCAGAGCAGGAACUCCUUCACUGACAUCCUGCGGGCCAUCCUGCUCUCUCUGGAGGUCCUGAUAGAAAACCCGGAGCUCCAGAUCAACGGCUUCAUCCUCAUCAUCGACUGGAGCAACUUCUCCUUCAAACAGGCGUCCAAGCUCACGCCCAACAUCCUCAAACUGGCCAUAGAAGGCCUCCAGGACAGUUUCCCGGCUCGCUUCGGAGGAAUCCAUUUUGUGAAUCAGCCCUGGUACAUUCACGCCAUGUACACCAUCAUCAAGCCGUUCCUCAAAGACAAGACCAGGAAGAGGAUCUUCCUCCACGGCAACAACCUGAACUCGCUCCACCAGCUCAUCCAUCCCGAGUGUUUGCCGUCCGAGUUUGGUGGGACGCUGCCGCCGUACGAUAUGGGCAUCUGGGCGCGAACGCUGCUGGGACCCGACUACAAUGACGAGACCGAGUACACGCUCACCUACGACGCCCUGCACGUCAGGGAGAACUGUGGAGGAGGAGGAGACAAGGACAUGAUGAAGAGGUCUCAGUCGGCGGUGGAACCAGGAACUCUGCGACAGACGGACAGAGAGACCAGCACACCGCUACUGGCCCUGGACUGAACACACGCACACACACAACGUCCACGUUAACACACACACACACACACACACACACACACACACACACACACACACACACAGUCUGACCUGUCUCUGAGCCGUCUAAUGCCUCUCAGCUGAGCCUCUCUCCAGCCAGCAGUAUCUGUCCUGAUGUUCACAACAACAAACAGCAGCAACACAAACACACACAUCAAACGUGUGUGUGUUUGUGUCAUCGCCUGUUGUGCACCAGCGGCGUUUAUCUCAUGACUUCAAAUACGCAACAGGAUGAAGUUUCUGUGAACAGAGUCAGAAACAAACAAAAAGGGCCAAAUGUGACGGAGUUGAAACUUUAUGUAAAACCUCACAAAGACGUUGCUAUGGAGAAACAGUUACAAUCAAAUUUAGAUUUGAGAGGGUUGCACCAACAAGGUUCAUUUAAACAGAGACAACAUUCAGUCACAACAUUAAAUCCUUCUGUUAUUUAGUUUUCUCACAAAGAAAACUACUGUUCCCAUUUUGCUUCCAGGGAUAAAAACAGGAAGUACAAGGUUGCCAUGGAAUCAGUCCAAUAGCUGAAUUCAGUAUUAGCAGUUACUGUUCGCAGUGUGUGCAUAAAUGUGCAGGUAGCUGUUGCUGGGUUACUGCGAUACCGAAGGAAACUUAAGAUCGUGCUUAUUUUCAAGGAAGUUCUGCAGACAGUUAUUUUCAGAUUGUUUUGGUCGUUUAUCCAAAAAGCCAAACAUCGUCGUAGCGAUAUGUGAGUCACUGCUGCUUCACGUCUGUGUUUCAUCGAGUCAUAACUCGAAAAGCUUUUUAUGAGCAAUAAUGCACAUUUGUGCAAGUUAAUUAAAUUAGCAGCGUUAUAUCUGGAUCUUUUCUGGGAUUUCAUCAAAUAAAAGCAAAUGUACUUUAUAAUUCACAUGUCAGUUUUUCUAUCACUGAACAGAUCUGCGACGUGUCUGAGUAACAGUGGAGAUAAAAACGAAAAUAUGAGACAUUUUUAAAUGUUUUAGAUCACAUUAAAGAUUUAUUAUCGCUAAAAAUCUACAUAGGGUUAUUAUAUUUAGCACAUAAGAUAUUUUUGUAGUGUAGCUAUUAAAUGUAUUGCUAAGCUUACACCCACCCAUUUGUUACUGCUGCAGUAUACAGCUGAUAGUAAAUUAAACAACUCGAAAUCUUUAAUAAUAUCAAGAAUAAAAUAGUGUUUUAAUUACAUAAUAAUUGAACAUCUUGGGUUUAUUUUUGACAUCACAGCACGUCUGAAUCUUUAAGAAAAAGCCUCUGUGGCUUCUCAGCAGCUAAACAGAUAAAUGCUUCCCUCUGGAGGUGGUGGAGCCCAAAAACGGAGCAAAAAGACACCCAGUACUAAAUUGAUGGCGUGGAGACAAGAUACCAGUUCAGAUGUCUGAAAUGCAGAGCGUGCUCUGCUGCCCCCCAGUGGUCAAACUGCAGUAAAAGCUGCUUUAAAGAAACAUUUUGAAUAAAUUUAAAGGCGAGUCUGUGUUUAAAGGAAAUCCUUUUUGGUGAAACCCAACCUUCAAACCUCUGAAUGUGAAAAGAAACUUUUAGUUUUUAUGAUCUUUAUCUGAAUAUGAAUGAAAACUGUUUAAUUUGAGCCAAAUCUUUCUGCAAAAUCUCCGUAGGAAAGAAAGUAAGUGCAGGCGGGAACGUUCCCGCGGCUCAGCCAGCGAGGCUGGCGUGAAGGAGACUUCACUUUGGUAGAAUAGUUUCACCUAUUUCCACUUUGCACAGGCAUUUUAAAAUAAAAGCUCUGGAUCACAUGCAUGGAAUGAUUUUGCUGUGGAGAAACCACAGGAUGCCAAACUCUCACCUUUAACCUCUCCUGCAGUGAAGGAAAAGAUUGUUUGUUGUUUUUUAAUCUAAUGUAUUUGAAGAUUGUAUAUUAUUAUUAAUAUUAUUGUUAUUAGUAUUACUGCACUGCAAAAAGUGACACACCGGGCUAAAAUGUUAUCCUGAGAUUUUUGAAGUCGAUUCACUUCCUGCAGCAGAGAAGAUUCAGGUUUCAGUUUAACAUGCAGGUCGAUGAUUUUUCUCUGAACAUACCGUCGAGUAUUUGUAAAAAACACAACGGUGACUUUGUCAGAUUUUUUUGCAGUGUGUACGAUUCGUCAUCAGGGCUACACCCGAUCUCCACUCGACUCCAACGUAAUGUAUUUCCUUUCAAUGAAUGUAAAGAAGUAAACAUUUACACCAAAA